UGGUGCGGAGGCUGCGCUGGCGGAGCUCCGUGGUGCUGGUUCCGUGUGAAAUCUGCGCAAACAUGUCGCUGAAGAAGCAGGCGCUGCGGGACCUGGUGGUGGAGCGGCUCGUCGUCGCCGCCGAUGAGAUUUUUGCGCUUUUCGAACGAACCUUUGCGGAAUACGAAGAGGAGUUUUUGCGCAAGAAUCUGCAGCCGCCUCGAGCCGCGCACAAAGACGAUGUCCGAAACCAUCAACAACAGGAAGCCCAAAACGGACGCUUCCUGUUUCCUCCGGUCGCUGUCAAAACUGAAGACGAAGACGCCAAUAAUCCGUCUUUCCUUCAUCACCAGCCCCCUCUUCCUCCUCUUCCUCCUCUUCCUCCUCCUCCUCACCUCUCCUCCUCCUCCUCCUCCUCUUCCUCGGACCCCAGAGCCGAGGCCGCGAGGAUCCGAGCGGAGGGCGAGUCGGAGGAGGUGCCCGGCUGCAGCGUGGACUUACGAUCCGACGACAACGACGACGAGGAAGAGCAACCUUUCAGCUGCUCGGACUCCGACGGAGACGAACCCGAAGGCUGGGCCGCCGCCUCCGAAAUCCCCGACCAGUGCGACGGACAGGGAGCCGGCGAAGAUCCGACGAAGGAAACGGGAGACGGCGACAUUCCGGCGCUGUACAAAAGCCUGUUCUUUCCUGAAAUGGGGGGUAAGAAAGUGAAAAGAAGCGAUUCGAGUGCGCCCAAACCUUUCAGCUGUCCCGUCUGCACGAAGGCAUUUGAAAGCGAGGAACUCUUGGACAAACACGUCGUCCUGCACAACAACCAGACGCCGAUCCGCUGUCCGAUCUGCAACAAGCCGUGCCGGAACAACUCCAGUUUCAAGAAGCAUUUGAACAUUCACACGGAGGAAAGACCGUUCAGGUGUUCGGUUUGCAUGAAAGGCUUUAACCAGAAGUGCAACCUGAAGAGGCACAUGCAAACCCACACGGAGGAGAAGUCUUUCAGCUGCCCGGAGUGCGGCUUGAGGCUGAAGCAGCAGCACAACCUGUUGAGGCACAUCUCCGCCGUGCACCGGGGGGAGAAGCCGUACAGCUGCCCGGUGUGCGAUAAAGCCUUCGCGCAGAAGACGGUGUUUAUAAUUCACAUGAGGACCCACACGGGAGAGAAACCUUUCAGCUGCGCGGUUUGUAAGAAACGGUUCCGAGAUAAGUGCCACCUGAAGAGACACAUCAAAACGCACGGGGACCAGGCCGGAGCGCACGACGAGCUGCACGACUCCAUCUAAACCAACGACCAGAAGAGGAGGAAGGACGUGAGGAUUUAAACGGCACAUACAGACAUUUUUCACAACAGCCGAAAGUGCCGCGGUGGAGGUAAACGUCGCUUACGGUUUAUUGUUUUUCUGUGGCAAAAUGUUUGUGUGUAAAUGUGUGUCGUUUUCUCCAGCAGCUUCAUAAAUCUGCCCCAUCGCCAAAUCUUCAACCAACAAACUCCACAAAGAAUAAACAUUCUAACAUGAACAAUUUAUCCACAAAUAUCAAGAGAAGAAAGACGAAAACGACGACUAGUAUUAGUGACACACUCAACAAAACUAAUAUUACGAUCAUGAAUAAAACAGAAACUCAGACUGAUUCUACAAUUAAAAUUAAAAAUCGAUUUCAUGGUGUUGAUAUUUGUACAGACAGAGAGAUUUGUGCCGUUUAAAUGUUUGACAUGUUUGCUCCGUUUACAUGUACAGGGGUAUUUUUUAAAAACUGAGACAUUUCCCUUCGUCUGUUUCAUCUUUUACACACAAACAGCAGCUUCACUUCUGAAAACAAAUCUUUUUUUAAAACUCCAACUCGAGUGGAGAUUCUAGAAAACUCCGGUUUGGUGUUUGUGUGUAAAGUGACAAACAGAGUUUUAACACUUUUCAUGUGUUUCAUUUUCACACAGCUGAUGUUUCAGAUCCAUGACCAGAGACACAUGAGGCUGUAUCAGAUCUGUGGAGAGGCGAGCCGCUCACUAAUGCACCAUUUUAAACUUUUUUGUGAGUAAAACUGUAAUGAAAUAAACUCUACAGGUUUGAAUCUGAUCCAGCUGCGCCCAGAGACUCGGUGCAGUUCUGACGGCGCUCGAUGUAAACGAAAAGUUUUUUGAAAAGUCUGUGUGCACGAUGUUAUUUUGGAAAAGGGAGGGAGGGAAAUAUUCGUUUCUCAACAAACCCGGCGAUGUGUAAACAAAUCUCUCUGUCUGUACAAAUAUCAACAUCAUGAAAUCGAUUUUUAAUUUUAAUUGUAGAAUCAGUCUGAGUGAACAAGUUUCUUCUGUUUUAUUCAUGAUCGUAACAUUAGUUUAGUUCAGUUUGUUCAGUUUGUCACUAAUGUGUUGUCGUCGUUCUCGUUUCACUUUUCGUCUUUCUUCUCUUGAUCGUUGUGGACAAAUUGUUCAUGAAGAAUAUUUUUCCUUUGUGGAGCUUGUUGGUUGAAGAUUUACACAUUUACACACACAUUUUGCCAUGGAAAAACAUGAACCAAAGUGACAUUUUACUCGACAUUGCGACACUUCCGGACGUUGUGAGAAACGUCUAUUACGCUUUUUUCUAAUCUGAUCUAAUGUUUUCUCAUCACAAACAAACUUGAACUUGUGUUUUGUUUCAUUCACACACGUUUAAACACACAAAUCUGCACAUUUAGACCGAGUUUUACCCUCCGUUCCACCUCGUGAUGUCACGUGGUAACACAGGAAGACGUUUUAAAACUCCGUACACUUUCACUUCAUUUCAUUUCGAUCAUUUCAGACAAUCUUGAAAGUGAAAGUGCGUCACAGAUUUUUAUGUUUCUCUAAUUUUGACUUAAUUUGUUGGGAUCGUAAGUGUUGAAAAUAUAAAUGAUAGUUUUACUCAAAUCAAGAGGCAAUUCGUGAAGAAAAAUUAGAAAACAUGUUGGAAAUUACAUCAAGUCGAGAGUUUCGUAUUUAUGACAUGGCACUGGGAGAAUUUUGUCUGAAAGUUUUUAACAUUUUUCGUCAAAAUAAAUGUGUUAUGUUUUUAUUUGUAAAAUCGUAAUUUCUGUGCAUGUCGGAGGUUUUGAAUUCCCCUUAAACCUAAAAAAAAAAAGCCAUAUUGGGAAAACGAGCGUGUGUAUUUCUGAAAAAAUCUGAAACGCAUUGAUCUUAAUUGUGUUUUUAUUUGGAAAAUCAGUGUAACCUGCCAUAGGCACUUUAAAACUACCACUUCAUGACAUCACAAGGUGGAACAGAGAGUUUUGAGCUUUGGAGAUGUGGACAGACGAAUAGUAAAGAUUUACUCAAACAUGUGAACAGUGUUGAGGAGUAACAGAUUACAUGUACCAGAGUUAAGUAAUCAGAGUACAAAUGAUGAGUAACUGUAUUCAGUUACAGUUACUGUUUCAGUGAAUGGGAAUUGGAUUACAGUUACUUUGUUGAAAUAAAUGGAUUUUACAGAGGUACAUUUUGAGCUAUACCCCCCCCCCCCCACACUUUUUUUCUUUUUUUUUUCCGGUAAUUCCAAUCAUUGCCGGAAACUAAACCAGGUCUAAACCAGGUCUAAACCAGGUCUAAACCAGGUCUAAAACCAGGUCUAAACCAGGUCUAAACCAGGACUAAAACCAGGACUAAAACCAGGACUAAACCAGGACUAAAACCAGGACUAAAACCAGGACUAAAACCAGGACUAAACCAGGACUAAAACCAGGACUAAACCAGGACUAAAACUAGGAUUAAACCAGAACUAAAACCAGGACUAAAACAGGACUAAAACCAGGACUAAACCAGGAC